ACAAAUUUUUCUUCGGUAUUCAAUAAAUAUUUUUCUUAUUUUAGUAUUUCAUAAAAUAAAAAAAUGGGCAAGAAAAAUAAAGUCAGUAAAACAACAGAAAAAGAGAAAAUACCAACAAAUUCUGAAUUAGACGUAAAAAAGAAAAGAAAAAGGAAGAAGAAAUUGCAUAAGAAAGAAACUGAAACUUCUGACAGCAGUAAAGAUAUUCAGGAAUCUAUAUCAAAUAUGAAUGUUGAUGCUCAAAGCAAUGAUAAUAACAAAAAAAGAAAAACUUAUGAAGACGUUGAAAUAGUGUCAAGAAAAAAGAAAAAGAAAGAAAAGAGUGAGGAACUAUCUAUUACAUACGACUUAGAUGAACUGUUUUCACUAAAUGGUAAACGACCUCAAGGUUCUCACUUGAACAUGAUUGACAUUCGAACAUUAAUAAUGUUAACAGUCCAUGGGGGUGAAUUUCCUUGCUUACCAACCUGGUGUAGUUUCAAUGCAUGGCAAAAAGUUUUAAAGACUGUUGUUAUACUGGCAGGUUAUAUUUCAGAAGACGACUAUCAGCAAAAUAAAAGUUGCUUCAAUUUUUUGAACACAAACUUUGGAAAGCCUUUGCCUGUUUGGAAUGAUGGUUCCAGCAGCAUGAUAAGGUCACCCUUAGAAUGUAUGUUGCGUUACCGUAUGCCGAAGAAGUUACAGCAGAAGAAAAAAUCACAGUUCAAUUUAGAGAAGCCUUCAUCAAUGACUACAUUUCAAGACUUCAUUCUUUCACCGAGUCAACUAAGUGCGAACGAUUUCCCAGACUGGAAUUCCGCAGCAAAAGAGCAUGGUGUGGUUUCUACUAGAAGACGUGAUGAGAGGACAGCACCAACCGAGACAAGUAAAUUGUUAGCAAUCGACUGUGAAAUGUGUAACACUUCCAGAGACAACCGUGCAUUAACUCGAAUAUCAGUUGUUGAUCGAGACUUGAAUACCGUUUAUGAUAAGCUGGUCAAACCUGACCAUCCGAUAACUGAUUAUUUGACUCAGUUCAGUGGUAUAACAGCUGAAAUGUUGGAAAAUGUAACGACACGAUUAGAAGACGUUCAAAAGGAUUUGCUCGAGAUCAUUCCACCUGACGCUAUUCUAGUUGGUCAUUCCCUGGAUUUUGACUUGCGGUCCUUGAAGCUUCACCAUGAUAAUAUUAUCGACACUGCUGUUUUAUAUCCCGACCAGCGUGGACCAAGGUUUAAAUCAUCUUUACGAUAUUUGAUGAAAACUUACUUAAAUCGUCACAUCCAAAAUUCAGUGGAUGGCCACUGCUCUAUAGAAGAUGCGAAAUCUUGUAUGGAACUUGUGCUCUUGAAACUAAAGAAAGGAGCAAAUUUUGGCAAUCCUGAACUAGAGAGUGAAAGUGUAUACGAAGCCUUAACAAGAGUUGGCAAACGAGGAGCUUUGGUUGAUUCGAGUUAUAUUAUCCGUCAGCACUGCGAUGGAGACCACCAUGGAUUGCCAUGUGAAACAGAUGAAGAGGCGGUGUUAAAGUCAACACGUAUCAUGAAUCAUGCUGACUUCAUCUUUACUCAUCUAAAAUCAUACGAACAGUUUUUAAAAGGCCAAGACAAUCCGUCAGAGGAAACAAAACAGGUUAUGUUAAAGCAAAUCGAUAAGUCCAUACAACAGAUUGUAUCAGUUGUGCCAUCGAGUUGUCUGAUCGUUGUCUCGCUUAGCAGUGGCUUCAUUCCUCCAAGCAUAGUAGCGUUAGCGAAAGACAAAGAAAAAAGAAAUUCCACGAUAGUGCAAAACGCAGUUAAGAAAGCUAAAAAAGGACUUUGUUUUGUUAAAGUGACAACAUAGUUAUUAUUUCAUAAAAGAAGAAUGUUUUAAAUUAAAA